AUGGCGAUCGUCGGUUUCGUUGUCGCCGCCGCCUCGCUCAACACCGGGGCGCGCUACUUUGCCAUGAUUAUUAUGGUCGCUGGAGGGCAUGGUAGCAACUCUGUAUGUCUAGCAUGGACGCAGAAGACCUUGCUGCGUCCUCGCAUUAAGCGCGCCGCCGCCGUCGCUUUCGUCAAUGCUAUCGGCAACACCAGCCAGGUCUGGACCUCGUACCUAUACCCUGACCACAACGCCUCUCGUCACACCAUGGCUAUGAGUGUGAACAGUGCAUUCGCGCUGUUGGCCAUAAUCGCAGCUAUGUUCAUGCGCAUCGCCCUCCAGCGAGCCAACAAGCAGCUUGAGAGGGGCGAGAAGUCGGUCGCGGAGGCUAUGAAGGGACACGCGACGCAGGGUAUUAUGGGGCUUACGGAAGAAGAAAAUCGUGCGAGGAGGGAGAACUUUAGGUACAUUACCUAG